AUUUUAAUACUUUUUUUUAACUAAAGAUAAAUAAUCUCGCAUCGAAACUCCGUAGCCCCCAAAUCGUUCUCUCUCAAAUCGCAAAAUUAGGGUUAGGGUUUUCAAUUCCCCAACCUUGCGAAUUUCUCAUUUCUCGUAGCCGCCGCAGCAAUCAACGAUGACAGGCAAAGCAAAGCCAAAGAAGCACACAGCGAAGGAGCUCCAAGCUAAAGCCGAUGCAGCGUUGACCAAUCGCGGUGGAGGAAAGGCAGGGCUCGCCGAUAGAACCGGUAAGGAGAAAGGUGGUCACGCAAAGUACGAGUGUCCUCACUGCAAGAUCACUGUACCGGAUCUAAAGACGAUGCAGAUCCAUCAUGAAUCGAAGCAUCCAAAGCUGACUUAUGAAGAGCCGAGGAAUCUUCAUGAGGCUUUAGCUGCUCCUGCUGAAUCAUCUAAGCCUAAGCCUGGAAUCAGAGGAAGCCUUAAGAAGUGAAGUGAAGAUGGUUUGGGAUUGUAUCGAAUUUCGAUUUGAAAUUUGUGGUCUUUUUAAUGGUGUUUUGAUGUGAGAAUAUAAACUUGCGUUGAUGAUGCUCUAUGUCUUCGUAUUUUUAUGUUAUGAUCAUAUAAAAAAGUAACUGAUAUUUUCUUAUUAAAUGGUUUGUUUCUAACUUAUUGGUUUCUUUUGAUUCUUGUUUCUGGAUAAUUUUGGUUGUUCUGGAUCAUGUCAAGCUGCUCGUAAAAUCAGCAUCUUUGUUUUUGAUCAGACAUGUUAGCUCAUUAAGACAAUACAAGGUAGUCUUUUUGGUGAUUCUGAUGAAGAGUUUUGGUUUUGUUCUUUGAGUCAUAUGAUUGUUCGGGAACUUUACAGGCUUCUGUUAAAUCUCUGUCUCUGAUUAGGCAUGUUUGGUAAGCGUAUCUUUUGUUUGAAGCCGUGGGGAUUUGAGGAAGAGUGAAAGUUUCUGCAACUCAUGUUAUAACCACACAAGAGAUUAUGUACUUUGAUUUGGUUGUCUGAAAAGCUUAGAGAAACAUGUCGUGUAUUCAUUGCAUAAACUGGCUUUUGUACUUUGAAAGAGUGAAAGUUUCUGCAACUCAUCAAACAAGAGAUUAUGUACUUUGAUUUGGUUGUCUGAAAAGCUUAGAUGUCGUGUAUUCAUUGCAUAAACUGGCUUUUG